AUAUUUUGCCGAAGCGUCGACUAUUAGCUGUUGUCAGAAGCAAAUAAAAAUAAUUGUUAAACUUUAGUGUAAAAUAGCUUUAAAAAAUUCGUGUGAAUAACUUCAGUGGCACAACCCUGCCUCAUGGUUCGCACGUAUAAAAAGACAGCGGGUACUCGCAAUUACAAAAAUUAUACAGAGGAGAUAAUGGAAGAAGCAAUAGAGAAAAUCACCAACGACGAAUUGUCUAUUAAUGCUGCUUCACUUCAAUAUAAAAUUCCGUAUGGAACACUUUAUAAUAAAUAUAAAGGAUUACACGGAAAAACGCCUGGUGGCCAACCUGUUUUCACGCAUCAAGAGGAAUUAGCAAUUUUACGAGCUGCGGCUACAUGUGGUGAUUGGGGGUUUCCUCUUACAUUGUUUGACCUUCGAAUGUUCGCUAAGGCUCAUUUAGAUCGACAGGGAAAGAUUAUAGAACGGUUUUCAAAUAACCUGCCUGGUGUCGAAUGGGCCAUUAGUGUCCUGAAGCGUCAUAAGCACUCCUAUGGUCAAAGACUAUCCACUAAUAUCAAAAGGUCCAGAGCGACUGUCGGCCGGGAGUCAUUAAAUAAGUAUUUCGACAACCUUUACUCUGAGAUAGAAAAUGUACCACCGUCCAAUAUAUUCAACUAUGACGAAUCAAAUAUGGCAGACGAUCCUGGCAAAAAAAAAUGUGUAUAUAGAAGAGGAGUAAAAUACCCUGAGAAAGUAAUGAACUAUUCGAAGAGUUCUACUACAGUUAUGAUUUGUGGUUCUGCAGACGGCACAUUAUUGCCGCCAUAUAUAAUUUACAAAAGUACUCACCUGUACGAUACAUGGCAAGAGAGAGGUAUUGUAGGUAAACCAUGCUGUGAAAAGCCGUGCUGUAGCCGGGGAUGUCGGUAUAAUAGAACAACUAGUGGAUGGAUAGACACACCAACAUUUAGGGAUUGGUUCAUGAAUUGUUUUUUGCCUCAUGCCAAAAGACUAGACGGGAAAAAGGUGUUGAUAGGUGAUAAUCUAUCGUCUCACAUUGACAACGAUGUAUUAGUUGCAUGUGAAAUAAAUAACAUCAGUUUUAUAUGUUUGGUGCCAAAUUCAACCCAUCUAACCCAGCCACUCGAUGUCGGCUUCUUUCGUCCUUUAAAGAUUGCAUGGCGACAAACGCUCGAAGACUGGAAAAAAGCCAAUUUACGAACUAUAUCUAUACCUAAGGAGUCCUUCCCACAUCUGUUGAAAAAGACAAUAAUUAAUAUGGACCAAAAGCCACCAAAAAAUGAUAAAGAGGCUUGCACAGAAUUGUCAGCUGUGAAAAGAAAUUUGGUGAGCAGUUUUAGGGCUACUGGUAUCUCUCCUUUUGAUAGGAACAGGGUGUUAAACAAAUUGCCACCUGAGUCGCCUUCUCCUGAAAUCGAAACUGGCGUUCGAGAUUCCUUAACAGAGUUUUUAAGAGAACAAAGAUUUAGGAAUGAAUCACAGCCACGAAGGAAGAGGACCAGACUACAAAUUGAACCUGGUAAAAGUAUAUCGACACUUAAUGAAACAUCUUGCCCCACAAAUCAAGAAGUUGAUGUAGUUGAGGUCCAACACACCUCAGAGCGAAAUGAUAAUCGCGUACAAACUGAAUCAAUAUCGAUGCAAAUUCCUCUUUCUGUUAUCAGCGAGCCAUCCACAAGCUAUAGAACUGGUUACAAGGACACCAAUGAUAAUAUUACCGAUUGUGAGUCUGAUAAUGAAAAUAUAGCACCGAAUUAUACUAGAAAUACCUCAACAGAUUUGGCACAAAAUCCCGCAAUAGGGCAGUUUAUUUUAGCAAAGUUUGGAUCACAAAAGGGAAAAAAGACAUAUCAUUAUGUAUGUUCUAUUGAAGAUAUCAUUGACACUAAACUUGUUGUUCAAGGUUAUAAGUCCCAAAAAAAAACCAAAACUAUUUUUAAGGAAGUUCCUAAAGAUUUAUCAAUUAUUGAAAUUAGUGACAUUAUUACUUACCUGCCUAAACCGAAAUAUAUCAAUGAAUGCUACUCGUUCCCCAAUGAUGUGAUGAUCAAAGAAUUGUAGAUUUUAUUAUCUAUAUUUAACUAACCUUUUGAAAUCAUUUAACAUGUUGAUUUUUAAGUUUUUAUUUUAUAAAAUAGGUUUAUAUAAUUAUAAGACUGUUGUUUUAAGUGAUAAAAAUUAUGCAUGUCGAAAGUAAAUGUUUAGACUGAUUAAUGUUAGGUUGCUGUUACUUAAUUUUCUUAAAUAAUAAUAAAAAAAUAUUCGGC